GCAACCACCAAAAUCAGAUCCCAAUCCCUAUUUCCCCCCCGUGUGUGUGGAAUCCAGUUCGGUUUUUCCCCUCAUACCAACGUAACGUUAGACUACUAUGUGUGUGAGCGAGAUCGAGCCUUGUUUACAGCGUCAAUUCAACGGAGAGAGACUACAUGAUCUGCUCCACAUCCUUCACAUCUCCUAAAUUAACGCAGAUCCGAUCCUUCACACAUCAUCUGAGUCCACCAUUGGCCGCGUCUCGAAGGGAAAAAUCAAGGUCUCUGUAAUCUCAGACUGAAGAUGGUGGGAGGCAGAGAGAGACCAUUUUAAAGCCUGGACGGAAAUUAUUUGGCAUCUUUUUGAGAUUCUCCAUCGCUUUUUAGGCCUUUAAGGACGCUGGAUGAGAAGUGCUAGGCUUCUUGCUGCUGAUGGAGAUCACGCACACAUAGGCUCACUUGUCCAGAUUGUUUUAGCCAGCAGAUCUAAGCGGGUUUCAGCUAAAACCAGCCUGCGAGGAGCCCUACAACAACGUGUUUUUCAAGAUUUCCCCACGACAUGGAGCACGGAACUGCAGAUUAUUUAGCAGUUACGUGUUUUUCUGGGUUAUUUUCACAUAUAUCGACGAGGAAACCCUGCUAAAAAUAAUUUGAAACACGUUUAAGCAGCGCGAGGUUCAGUGCGUGUGAAUCCGCCUCAUGGUGAGGUCAGAGCGGGCUGGGGCUGCUGGAGAAUCUCGCUGGGGUGUCUGGAGGGUCAUUUAUCCCAGCAAAAACACAAUGAAGAUGGACGGGAUUGGCUUUGUUUGAUUAUUUCCUGCUGCUGUGUAUCUAUCUUUUGUUUUUUACCCCCUCCAUAACCAACUUUGAUGAUAUUUUUGAGCUGAGAAGACUUCAAGAGUCAAGCAUCAUCAUCCAUUUUUUUUGAAGGGUUGAGCUUUCUCCCCUGUUUUGUUACACUUUUAAUUACUUUAUUUUUGCCUGCCUUGUUUUUUUGUACAGGAAUGAGGUCUAGCAGACAGAGGCGAUAUUGGACCUUGCUUUGUGGUCUGGUCCUGGUCCUCUCUACACUUUGUCAUGGAGAAAUCUGUGGUCCAGGCAUUGACAUUGGCAAUGACAUCAGUAAUUUCAAGCGGCUGGAGAACUGUACAGUGGUUGAGGGAUACCUGCAGAUCCUUCUCAUUGGAAGCAAAAACAAUAAUAACCAGGAGGUCUUCCGCACCCUCAGUUUCCCCAAACUGACCAUGAUUACGGAUUACCUUCUCCUCUUCCGUGUAUCUGGGCUGGACAGCCUCAGCACCCUCUUUCCAAAUCUCGCCGUGAUCCGGGGCCGUAACUUGUUCUACAACUACGCCCUGGUUAUAUUUGAGUUAACCAGCCUAAAGGACAUCGGCCUUUACAACCUGCGGAACAUCACGCGGGGUGCGAUACGAAUCGAGAAGAAUCCUGAGCUCUGCUACCUGGAUUCUGUGGACUGGUCUCUCAUUAUGCAUGCUGAAUUUAACAAUUUCAUUGCUGGAAAUAAGCAGUCCAAGGAGUGUGGAGAUGUUUGCCCGGGAAUCAUGGAGGACAACCCUCUGUGCAUCAAGACAAACUUCAACGACAACGACAACUACAGAUGCUGGACCUCCAACCAUUGCCAGAAAGUUUGUCCGAAGUGGUGUGGACAGCGAGCGUGUACAAACUCAGGCGAGUGCUGCCACCCCCAGUGUUUGGGCAGCUGCACUGUGCCGGACAACGACAGGGCCUGUGCCGCCUGCCAGCACUACUAUCACGAGGGCCGCUGCGUGGAGGACUGUCCAUCCGACACGUACAAGUUUGAGGGCUGGCGCUGCAUCACCAAGGACCUCUGCUCCAAAGUCCACCUGCCUGAUUACGACCGUUUCGUGAUCCACGGAGGAGAGUGUAUGUCUGACUGUCCACCCGGAUUCACACGUGAUGAGAACCAGAGCAGCAUGUUCUGCACUGCCUGUGAUGGCCUGUGUGACAAGAUCUGUGAUGAAAAGGUCAUCGACUCGGUGGACGCGGCUCAGUCCCUCAAGGGCUGCACUGUUAUCAAAGGGAACCUGCACAUCAACAUCCGCCGCGGCACUAACAUAGCAUCAGAGUUGGAGAACUUCCUGGGACUCAUCAAGACAGUGACAGGAUACAUUAAGAUCCGUUCAUCACACGCCCUGAGCUCUCUCUCCUUCCUCAAGAGCCUGAGACACAUCCAUGGAGAGGAACUAUGGGAGGACAUGUAUGCUUUUGCUGCCUUGGAUAACCAGCAUCUCCAGCUUUUGUGGGACUGGUCCCAGCACAAUCUCACCAUAAGUGCUGGAAAACUGUAUUUCCGCUUGAAUCCCAAACUCUGCAUGUCCGAGAUCCGCAGAAUGUGGGAGAAAACCGGAAUUAAGGAGAAGUUUUUGGAAGGAGAUUUCCGCAACAAUGGAGACCGUGCAAGCUGUGAGAGUGAAAUCCUUAAGUUCAUAUCGAAUACCACCAGUAGUAAUAGAAUUAAGUUGACGUGGGGUGGUUUUCGACCACCCAAUUCCAGAGACCUUGUCAGUUUUAUUGUAUACUACAAAGAAGCGCCUUUCCAGAACUUGACAGAGUUUGAUGGUCAGGACGGUUGUGGAUCGGACAGCUGGAACAUGGUUGACGUUGACUUACAGGAGGACCAAACCCAGAACCCAGGUGUUACACUGUCCAUGCUGAAGCCCUGGACUCAGUAUGCUAUAUUUGUCAAAGCUGUCACGCUAGUUGUGGAGGACAGGGACAGGGACAAGGACAGACAGCGUCUUGGGGCGAAAAGUGAAGUGGUGUACAUUCGGACUAAACCAUCAGCACCCUCAAUGCCUGUAGACAUUCGUGCAUACUCUAAUUCUUCAUCAAAGCUGGUGGUGCGGUGGUCUCCGCCUGUGUCCCCCAAUGGAAACCACACCUACUACCUGCUCCGCUGGAAGCAGCAGGGCGAGGACCGUGAGCUCUACCAUCACAACUACUGCUCCAAAGAACUGAAGAUCCCAGUCAGGAUUUCAGCUGGGGGUUUGACAGAAAUCGAGGACACCAAACCCACCAAUCCUGAAACAGGGGGGCGGGACAAAGCCCCCUGUUGUAAAUGUCCUAAAACAGAGGAGGAUCUGAAGCGAAUCGAGGAGGACAUCUACUACCGCAAAGCCUUUGAGAACUUCCUCCAUAAUGCCAUAUUCACCCCCAGACCUCCCGACAGGCGACGGCGGGAUCUGUUUGGUGUGGCCAACGCUACUUCCAUCCACACUCUGUUGGCGGGAAACUGGAACCUGACAGAGGGUAACUUCUCUCAUGACGAGUUGCCUAGACAGGAAUUUUCCUUUAUAGAGAAGAAGGUGAAGGAGCGUAGCGCUGACAUCAGUGGACUGCAGCCCUUCACCGUUUACCGCAUCGACGUGCACGCCUGCAACAAAGAGGUUUGGCACUGCAGCGCAGCCGCGUUUAUCUUUUCCCGCACCAAAGCGGCAGACAGAGCAGAUGACAUUCCUGGUCCUGUGACUUGGGAAGGUCUGGAGGGUUCAGUGUUUCUGAAGUGGCCUGAACCGCAGAAACCCAACGGCCUGAUCCUGCUGUAUGAGAUACAGUAUCGUCUCGGAACAGAGCCUGAGAAGCAUGAGUGUGUGUCCCGUCAACACUACAGGGAGCACAAAGGGGUGAAACUCUCCAACUUGGGACCUGGGAACUAUUCUGCCCGUGUACGGGCUACGUCUCUGGCUGGAAACGGGUCAUGGACAGACCCGAUAACUUUCUAUGUGAUUCAAGUUGAUCAAUCAGGUUAUGAGCACUACCUGUACUUCAUGAUCAUCCCGAUUUUCCUGAUUUUUGCCAUCAUCGCUGGAGUGGCUUUCACCUAUCUGAACAAGAGACGAAACAGCGACAGGCUUGGAAACCUUUACACGUCUGUUAACCCAGAGUACUUCAGCGCAGCAGAGAUGUAUGUGCCGGAUGAAUGGGAAGUGGAGCGAGAGAAAAUCACAAUGUGCCGAGAGCUUGGACAAGGAUCCUUUGGUAUGGUGUAUGAGGGCAUCGCCAAAGGUGUUGUGAAAGAUGAGCCGGAAACCAGGGUGGCUAUUAAAACGGUCAACGAAUCGGCUAGCUUGCACGAGCGCAUCGAGUUCCUCAAUGAAGCUUCUGUGAUGAAGGAGUUCAACUGUCACCAUGUGGUGCGUCUGCUGGGCGUAGUUUCGCAGGGUCAGCCCACCCUGGUGAUCAUGGAGCUGAUGACACGAGGAGAUCUGAAGAGUUACUUGCGCUCACUUCGAUCCGCUAAGAACAUCUCCAGCUUGCCUUUGCCACCAUUGAAGAAGAUGAUUCAGAUGGCUGGAGAGAUCGCGGACGGCAUGGCUUACCUCAACGCCAACAAAUUUGUUCACAGAGACUUGGCAGCAAGGAAUUGCAUGGUGGCGGAGGAUUUUGCUGUCAAAAUUGGUGACUUUGGCAUGACACGGGACAUUUAUGAGACUGAUUACUACAGAAAAGGAGGCAAGGGACUGCUGCCUGUGCGCUGGAUGUCUCCAGAGUCUCUCAAAGAUGGAGUUUUCACCACCAUGUCUGAUGUCUGGUCUUUUGGGGUGGUGUUGUGGGAAAUCGCCACCCUGGCCGAGCAACCCUAUCAGGGCAUGUCCAAUGAGCAGGUACUGCGAUUUGUUAUGGAGGGAGGACUGCUAGACAAACCUGACAACUGCCCUGACAUGCUGUUUGAACUGAUGCGCAUGUGCUGGCAAUACAACCCCAAAAUGCGGCCGUCCUUCCUGGAGAUCAUCAGCAGCAUCAAGGACGACCUGGAAGAGGGUUUCAAGGAGACAAGCUUCUUCUACAGCGAGGAGAACAAACCCCCGGACACCGAAGAGCUGGACAUGGAGAAUGUGGGAACCAUGGAGAACGUUCCUCUGGAGCCGUCCUCCAGCCUGCAGCCCCUCGCGCCCUCUCUGGCCUCCCCUCAACAGUGCGCCCCUGCGUCCCAAGGCUCCUCCACCCCAGCCGGCCCGUCCUCACCGCCUUCCUCCCCCAGCUCCACGGACAAGCACCCGCUCCCCACGUCUGCGGCAAACGGGCCCUCAAUGGUUCUCCAGAGCCCAUUUGACGAGACCCAGCCUUACGCUCACAUGAACGGGGGACGUAAGAACGAGCGUGCCUUGCCUCUGCCCCAGUCGUCGGCUUGCUGAUCGGCGGCCCAGUCCCGUUUCAGGACAUGUCCCUGUCUGUCAAGCCACUGUGUGGUCUCCUGAGAAGAAAUAUUAAAAUAAAGAGACAAGGAGAGAUGAAAUGGUACAAACUGAGAGUCCAGGCAAUCAAUCUUUUCAGUCAUACCUCAACGAACAAAGUUUGGAUUUCUUUGUUUUUUGUGCAUUUCGAUUGGAUCGUUGAAUUGAUUGACAUGAACUCAUUUGUUAUUUCCUUAGACUGGAUGACUGACUGAAAAACCAUGACCUUCACUCUCGCACUCGAUAGGCUGACUGUUUUUUGUUACGUUUUGUUACUUUUCUAAACUUCCAAAACUGGUUUGAAGGUCUAUCAGAGCCAGUAGUGGUACGGUGGCAUUAUUACGACACGCUCUGCAUAUCUCGAAGCCAAUCCAACAGCGAAGCACUUGCUCUUGUCUUUGUUUCCAAAGACGUGCGUUUAAAUUAGAGAAAGAUGUGUAAGGUUUUUCUUUUGCUUUUCUUAGAAGUUUGUUCCCCUGACCUGGGGAUGGAAAUCCUUGCGUUUUCUGCAAAUCAUCAGGCCGUGCAACGUAGUGAAGAAGAAAUUCUUUAAUCUGCCAGAUGUCUGUCUGUCUUUUCUUUUCUUUUUAUUAAUGUUGCCAAAUUGUCAUUUAGUUCUCCGUGCAUCCAUAUUCCUCUAAAUACAUGUGACCAGUUUUUUAUUUCCCUGGUGAUCCAAACUAACUUAAAGGAAUAAUGCAGAUUUUCAUUUUUGGAUGGAAUUAUUCAUUUAAAAUCACCAAGAUUCAUUUAAAUUCAUCAAGAGUCCCACUUUUCUUUCGUCUUGCUUAGGGUUUGACGUAUUUAUGACGAAAUAAGGCACGAGUCGAGCAACAGAUGCAGCAGAUAUUACAUUGCAAAGAAACUUUGGAUAAAAAAAGAAGCUCAAGAGGUUUUAAGUAGUGGCUUUUUUUUUUUUGAGCAAUUCUUUCUCUUGGUGGUUCAGUCGUACGUCGGACCACAGAGCAUGUGCAUCGUUCGUCGGUCACUUUUGUACCUUUUUGACAGUUCAGAUUGAUCAUCUACAUGUCUGUGCUAAAAAAAAGCUGCUAUUUUAUUAUUGUUUUUCUUUUGUGGUUGUAAUAUAUAUAUAUAUAUAUAUAUAUAUAUAUAUAUAUAUAUGUAAAAAGUUUUUCAGGUGUAAUCCUUUGCCUUUCCACUAGAGUCCAUUUUAUGAUGCUUAUAGUUCUGCAAAACGAGACAAAAAAUGUUCAUUCUAAGAGUUAAAAAGAUGUUUAAUUCCUUCUGUUUUGAUAGCAUAUCUCUCUUUAAAAGCUAAAGAAUGGCAGAUGAACACACUACCUUGUGUCUUCAUGCCAUUAACGGCGGCACCCACUGUGUCUCUCUUCACAUUAAUGCGCAACAAAUACUCUCAGGUCAGCCUCCUAAAGGAUUCGAUCUCAGACCCCGAUGUGUUCUUGUCUCGCUGUUCAUUCCUCUUUAAUCAACAAAACAAAGACUGAAAAUGUGGCAAACUUUGAAUUGAUUUCAGUGCUUAAAGAUCGACUCGUCUCAUACUUUGGAUUGAUCGUUCAGCCUUAUUUGUGACAGAUCCUGCCGCCCUUCGAAGGCCCUGAUCUUCAAAACUCUGCGUUUCCUUCCUUCCGAGCAGAGCCUUAUAAACGAUUCUACAGAUACGAUUGGGCAUAUCUCUAUGCAGAAGCUGUGUUUGUAACAUAGAACACUUAUAUGGAUUUGAGAUAAAGGUUUGACUAUGAGUGCCAGUUUUUGGGACUUUUUUUUUUUUUUCACCCUGGCCUUAUUAUUUAAGUUAUUACUUAUUAUUUAUUUUGUCUAUAUCCUUUUUUGUCUAUAUCCCCCACCACCACACCCAACCCCUGAUUACAUUUUAGAUAUUUUUAUAUGCUUUUUUCCAUGGGGACUUUUUUUUCAGACAUUUUAUCUACCUCACUCUUUUUUUAUGUACCUAUAUAUAAAGUACAUCUGACCUUUUUUCAUGAAAAGGACAAUAUUACUGCUCUCUGUAUCUGGGUGAAACCUCACAUAAAUGCUACAAACCACAAUCUCGGAGUGGAGAAAUUACCGAGUUACAGACAUUUUUGUAUGACUAGCUGCUUUCCUUCCUAUCGGAUCUUGCCUAGAUUUUGUUUAUUAUUUAUUUUCUGAGAUCAAAAAGGUCUGACAGUUGACUUCAAAUGUGCUGGAAUGUUGUUGAUGUUUAAUUUACCCAUCUUUUAACUCGUGGGCAAAGAUGGAUUAGUUAGAAUGGAUUAUUUUUUAAUUUUUUCCAGUAUAUACUGGUUCUGCUCUCCUCUCCCUUUCAUGUUUCUGAAUUUCACGGUUGGCAUUGUUCUGUUUUAUCUUUUCAUUACACAUUCAUUGGUGUGUUAAACUUGCAUCAGAAAAACCAAAUGUUAAUCGAAUCAAAAACACUUUGGAUAUGAAUCAAUUUACUUGAGUUUCGGCUGUUGUCAGGUGCAUCCAAUUUACAUAAUCAUAAGUUUUUUUCCUGGUUUAUAUCAAUAUAUAUUUUUUUAAUUAUUAAAAAAACACCAUGUGGAAGGAACCAUUUCAGUGCAAUUUAAAUAAAACUAAGCAGAUGUGAUAUAUAGUUGAAGAAAUGUUAGCUGGUAUUUACAUAUUUCAUUCACAGCAGUUUGAUGAAAUAUUGUUCAUGCAGAUAUUGAGCCGAUUAAACUGAAAUAGUAUCCAGAUGCAAGAUAUUCUUGUAAAUAUCCUGAAUUUUUUCGAAUGACUUUAUAAGGGAAAUGUGAGUUUUUAGGGGGAAAAAAUAUCAAGCAAUGAUCAUACAGUGCCACCAAUGUUAUGUUGGUCUUUUUUUUCUGCGUUUUUCGUAGUUUUUGUUAAUCAGUGAUUGUGCGAGACACCAUCCUAAUGCUCUCCUCUGACUGUCUCCGCUUACAGAGCCGCAACACGCGACCAAUGGCUGAUUUCUCGAUUACAGAUCUGUUGACUAUGGGCUAGAUCUUCUCAGGGCUGAAGGUUUUGAGUGGCCGUCAGAAGGACAGGAAGUGACCUGUUCCUCUGCGCUCACUGUACCCUGCUGCUGAAAACUGCUGCUCUCCAUCAUCUCACCAGAUGCUCGUUCUGAAGUCCAGACGCGUGGUGUUGCUCUGAGAGUUACUUGAGGGUUGAGAGGGGAGCAUUGGGGGUGUUUAGAGAUCUGAUGGCGCCAUCUAGAACGUGAAGAAGGAUUGUGUCAUGUCUCAAGCUAUUUCCUUUCACUCCUUGAUGCUGGGGAGCGCAAUGUUUGGUUGUUCAGUUGAGACGUGUUCGAUAUGUAUGUGUUCGUGUCUAAAGAGGGUUGCAGAUCCAAAAUGGGAGGGGAGAAUGGAGAACGUUUUGUGGUCCAAGUCUGUUCAAACCUGGCUGUUCUGAUUAAAAAAGGCACUUAUUAACUUUA